GUGCGGAGCGCAUGGUGUGUGUGAGACGUUAGCGGGGAUCAGGUAGACUAACGCAGGUACAGGUUACUCCCUUUUUACCUGUAGCGAGCAGAGCUGAGAGUGCGCAUGCGCAGUAAGAGCAACGUGGAGCCGCGGUAGAGCUGGGACCGUCCGCCGCCUGGUGCAUUCUGGGAGUUGUAGUCUUCGCAGUGCAGGAGGCCGCGUCUUGUUUCAUAGUUGUCGCAACAAUGGGCAUCAAAGGGCUUCAGAGUUUUGUGCAGAAUUCCUGUCCCAGAGCCUGCAGUAUGGUCAACUUACAGUCAAUGGCUAACAGGCACAAAUCUACUCAUCCAGAAUCAACUCCUACCAUUGUUGUGGAUGCGAUGGGCUGCUUGCGCACGUGGUACACGCCAAAUGAUUGGAUACAUGGGGGCCAGUGGAAGGAAUAUCUCUCCAGCUUAGAAUGCUUUAUUGCAACCUUUGAGAAGGCUGGUAUUAAGCUUGUAUUUUUCUUUGAUGGCGUCAUAGAGCAAAAGAAGAGGGCAGAAUGGACUAAGCGACGGCUGCGUGACAACAUUGAAAUCGAGAAAAUCUUCAGUUUUUUAAAAGCCAACAGGCAGCAGCCUGGCAGAAAUAAGUUUUUCAUUCCUUCUGGAAUAGCUACUUUUACACGAUUUGCUUUGAAGGCACUAAAGCAGCAAAUCAUCUGCACACGAGUUGAAGGCGACUAUGAAGCAGCUGCGUAUGCUUUGCAACACAACUGUCUUGGGAUUUUAGGGGAGGAUAGUGACUAUAUAAUCUUUAACACUGCCCCAUAUUUUUCCAUCAACAAACUUCGCUUAGACAGUCUUGUCACAUUGAUGUAUUCAAGGGAACAUGUAUGUGAGGAGCUUAGAAUCCGUAUUUUAGAUCUACCUCUUCUGGCAUGUCUGCUUGGCAAUGACGUCGUUCCAGAAAACUCUGUGGAUGGUUUUCAGAAGAAAUGCGCAGCCUCCUAUCAUUCCCAGACUAAAGAAGGCAAUAGGAGGGCUUUUGUUAUUAGGGCUGUUGCUUCUUUUAUUUCAAGUAUACAGCACAAGCCACAUGGCCUUGAAGAGGUACGGAAAAUGUUACCACCGAGAUUUGAUAUGGAAUUGCUGCAGAAAGGAAUAGAAUCUUAUAUUCUCCCAGAGCAAACGUCCCCUUGGGUUUUCCAGGGGUCUUACCUUUGUGACAACGCAUACAAAAAAGAAACAACCGUGUGCCAGGAUCGGGAAAUUGUUCAGAUUGCGUUAGACGGGCACUACAAUGGAGAAAACACCAUGAUUUGCAAUGUAUUGUGCCUCGGGGAAAGUGAUUGCAGUAAUACCCUGGAAGAUGAAAAUGACCCACAAAUACCUGGACAAGCUCUGAUUUUUAAAACCGCGCGUCAGCAUAUUUAUGCAAUUCUUCUUGGUACAGGCAAUGGCUCACCGGAUACUUGUCCUGUGGUUAAUGAGUGGUAUGUCUACCGUGGAAACCAACUGCAGACACCAGAGCUUGUUCCAGCUGUUCCAUUACCUAUUCCAGGUGGAACACCAACUAUCAGGAGUCUCUGGCUGUCUGAAGAUCCUGACAUUCAAAGAAGACGUUUCUAUACAUGCAUGGCGUGUUUCCAUGUAGAAGGAUGGACAGAGGAACUUAGAGGCCUGGAGACCCACCUUGCUGCUACCUGCUGUCUCCUGAUAUAUCUUGCAGUGCAGGUAGAAAGCCUAAGCCUGACAGAUAUGGAAGCCUUUCUGGCCCAAGCAUUAUGCCUUCCAGGGAAAUCUCCAUCUCAGCUGAAUAGCUUGCAGCAUCCCUUUGUGGAUUCCAGAGCAGUUCAUCUCGCAUUUCUCUUUCUUCGUGGCCUAAUUACAUUAAUGGGAGCAAGUUGUGCCUGUGGCUAUCCUUUUACAAUGAUGGACCUGAUGCCGUGGAACACAUUUGAUGGCAACCUGUUUCACCAGAAGUACCUGCAGUGUCAUGGGCAGAAACCUUUAGUGGAGAUCAUAGAAAGAAACGAGACGUUAAUCUCACAGUUUAAGAAGCUGAGGACUCUGAUCACUGAUGCUUGUGCAGCGCAGGGCAGGACAUUAAAGCCAGACCCCAAGGGAGAAAACUGGCCCUUGUCAGUAAGGUCCAGUUCUGGGAGUUCCGGUAACUCGUUUAGCAGGCAUCAGCAAUCGGAAUACAAUCCUCAAUAUGAAUAUCAUUCUGAAAGACACCAACAGUGGAAUGUUCAAAGGCAGCAUCAAAAUAACAGAGGACCACGUGCAGACUUUGAAGACACAGAAGGUCCUUACCAAGGAAAUUAUGAAUAUGGCAGACGUAACACAGGACAAAGACCAUGGCGUGGAGACAAAAGAGGAAGAGGACACCAGUUUUCUAAUCAGUGGCAACAUUGAUUCACAUCUGGCAGUUCAGCAAAUGUAAAGGACUGUCAUUUUCAGGUCCAUUGGAAGUCAGCUCAGCCCCUUAUAAUGAAAAGUACAUCAUGUAAAUAAAUAUAUUUCGGUCCAAGGUACAGUCUUAUGUGUAUUAAAAAAAAACAUACAAAAAGCAGAAUCUUAAUGUUCAAAGAACAUUGUGAAAUUACAAGCAUGAGUACGCAUCUAACAAACCAAUAUACAUUGACAUUUUACAUAGUGCUUUAGAGAAAAGACACAAAAAGGAAUAUGGUAUAUAAAGCAGCAGCUCACCACAACCAACCUCGCUAAUCAACUACUGUAAGUAACAAGUUCAAUCAUCUGCCCUAGAUUUACCUCGACUGUAUCUGGAUGGCAGAGCUUCCAUAAAAAUUCUAUCACAGGCGUAUUAUGAGUAAUACGAAUUAUAUCAAUCAGCAUAACAAAAGUUCCCCUGUGUACAUGAGGAAUUGGCUUGCUUUAUGACUUUGUAACAACAUUUUAGGAAUUCAAAACAAGAACAGCAAAUGGCUCAAGAGCGAGCAAUGUGAAGAAGGUGUAAGGAGAAAAGGGAAAGAACUGAGGAAAGAAAAGAGGAGGAGACCUAGGACUCAUAUAAGAUACCAAGCUGAAACAUCCAAGGAAGGGAGAUAGAGGUACCUUCACAUAAUUUGCCCAUGGGUCCCAGGUGCAUUCAAAGAGGGCCUGUUUGUCAUUUAUUAUGCUAGCCACUUUUUCAUGUACCAUGAUCCAAGACAUUUUAUGCUUCAUGCGGCGAACCGAUACAUAGGGUGAUUUCCAUGCCCCGGCAAUGGUGAUCUUAGCCGUCAAGAGCAUAAAAUAUAUUAAUCACUUCAUAGGGUACAGCACACCUUCUGGGAGACCAUUCAGCAGAGCAAUAGAAGGUUGUUGUUCAACCACAAUGUCUGUUAUUUCACAAAUUAUGGAGAAAACUUGACUCAAAUAGCUCCUGAUUCAGGGGCCUUCCUACCAGAUGUGGAGCAUGGUGCCUUGGAAAGAACACCCUCUAAAGCAAUCCCUGAAGUUGAUGGAUACAUCCUGGCUAAGUGAGUAGGGACCAAGUACCACCUAGUUAGUACUUUAAUACUUGCCUCUAUCAAAGGGAUUUUCAGUAUACCCUUGAAAGAGACCCGAAGUACAGAAUACCAGUACUCAGGAUCUAACUCAAAAUCCAGAUCCCUCUCCCAUGCCAGCAUGUAUGGAUGUUUUGAAGGUGAGACGAGCAGCGAUGCAUAAGCCAUGGAAAUGUCAUCCCUGGAGCCCUGAUCUCUAGUACACCAUUGUUUGUAAGCUGUUAGGAGGGAGGAUCUGGUGAUGAUGAGAGACUCGAUAAAAAAAAAUGCGAUUUAGGAGAAGCAAAAUUGCUCAGUAGGGGGCCUCUCUAAAGUAGUAAAGCAGUGAGAUAAAGUGAAAGGUUCUCUAUAUGUAUAAAAAUGUCCUAUACGGUAGAUGCUCUUAUCCAUCCACCAUUUAAAAUCUCUAAUUUCCAUGCCUGGAGGGAAGGCCGGCUUAUGGAAAAGGUGAUUUAAAGGAGUGAAGUCAGAAACCAACGCCGAGUUAUUGUGAACUCAAUCCCAGAGGGCAAAGGAGUAAGAAAGUGGAGCGCCAUAACGGAGGGUCUAGCUUUAGCAGGACGUCAUCCAUAGUAUAGGUCAGAACAGUCUGUUGUUCAAUAGUCACCCAAUAAGGACAUUCCUGUUGCGAAUAGACCACCAAUAAUUUCAUGAGCUGCACCUAGCCUUUCCUUGGUUUUUGGCACAUAAAGUAUGGCACAGGGAAGUCUUGGGACCCUUACGGCCCCAAAUUAACUUAAAGCGGAGCUCCACCCAAAAGGGGAAGCUCCACUUGUUUGCCUGUUUGACAGGUACUCAUCUCCACUUCCAGGAGACCUCACCGCAUUUGGCCCCCCUCCUCCUUUUACCACCACCAGGCCAUUCAGCGCGCUUUGCGCAUGCACAGUAGGGAACCGGCUGUGAAGCUUCAAGGAUUUGUAGCAAAUCAAGCAAUUUAAGCAGUAGGGCCAUUUUGAUCAUGGACAUCUUCCCGAAACACAAAAGAUCAUGCAUCUACCAGCACAAGAGAAAAUCAUGCAAGCGACGAAAAAAGCGGGGAUAAUUAGCCGAGUACAGCGCCAAGAAGAUUGCAGUAAGAGAGAUUCCCAGAUAUGGUAAAGCUCCAUCUUACCAUGGGAAUGGAAAAUAUGAUCUAUACGGGUAUAGGUUGCAUGAGGGGAAGAAUAAAAGGUGUAGUCAUGUGCAGAGGGGUUAAAUUCACGCAUUAAUUAAGUUAAGAGCAUGCAGUAUUUUAGCCACACGUGUGCCAGAUUUAGGGGGCCAUCUAAGAGUAGAGCGAGAUGGGUUUCGAUUUGUCUAAACUCAGAACAAGGAGCAUGAUUAGUAUCUCCUUCACAAAUCACUUGGCCCUCCAGGAAAGGUGUCAGAGCUCUCAGCAAUUUAGUGAUAAAAGUUGCUUGUCCCAAUUUGGGGGCAUAGUAGGAAAUAAAAGUACAUGACUGUUCCCCAUCUAAACCUUUUUCCAAAACGUAUUUCCUGUCUGGGUCUCUAAUUUCCUGCUGUAGUGUAAAAAAGUAUUUUAGAAAAAGACAUGGCUACCCCUUUAGUCUUAUCCCAAGCAUUUUCUAAAUAGAAAACAGGGUACCGUUUAUGUAAAAAAAGAUGGUCGGUAUGAGUGGAGAAUUUUAUUUUUUUUGUAAUAACAGAUAUCUGCUUGGCAGGAAUGAUAAUGAUGAAAAGUUUUGCGGCAUUGGAUUGGGGAGUUAAGGCCUUGUGUGUUAUGAGAUACAAGGGGUUAAAGGGUCCUUAUGUGUACUCAUGGCUCCAGAUGGCAUCCACAUAACCCACUGCAUCACUCACACUAGCCUAGAAAAGAUACAUCCCAGUAGCCUUCAUUCCACACCCGCAAGGAAAGAUACACUUGGUCUCUAAAGAAA